GAUUUAACCCGCAUAUAUCUUAACAGUAAGACUCAUUUUUUUUCGCAAAUUUUUAUUAGAGUCCCGUGAGGGUGGGGGAACUAUAUAGUUUUUACGUGGAAAAUGUUUUCCUAGUGUCUGUUUCCAUUUGGUCGGCUAGCCAACAAUUCCAUCACGAUGUCGUCGGACGAUGACCAAAAAAUGGCGGUCAUCCGCAAAGCGUUCCAAAUGUUCGACACAUCCAAGACUGGCUUCAUCGAAACGGUCAAAAUCGCCACCAUUUUAAAUACCAUGGGUCAGUUGUUCGAUGAAGGCGAACUUAACAACUUGAUCAGGAAAAACGAUCCCGAUCAUAGCGGCAAAGUCAAUUUCGACGGUUUCGCUGAAAUCGCUUCGCACUUCUUAGAGGAGGACGAUGACGCAAACACUCAACAGGAACUUAAGGAGGCGUUCAGGUUGUACGACAGAGAAGGCAAUGGUUACAUAACGACAGGCACUCUCAAAGAAAUCUUGGCCGCUUUGGAUGAUAACCUAACCAGCCGCGAUCUCGAUGGAAUUAUCGCCGAGAUUGACACCGAUGGAUCUGGAACCGUUGACUUUGAUGAAUUCAUGGAAAUGAUGACCGGUGAUUAAGUUAAAAGUUAUAAUCUAGUGUAUAUUUAUCUCUAUUUAAUUUUUUUGUUAUGUAAGUGCUUGCCAAAGCAAUCAAUAAAUUAUUGUUGGCAA